AUGAAAUCCACUAAGAAAGUUGCAGUUUUGCAUCUUGAUUGUGGAAUAGGAGGUGCAGAACAACUAAUGGUCUUGGCAUCUCUGGCAUUACAGAGUUAUCAAUCUUCCAGUGAAAAAAUUGAGUUAACAAUGUUUACUUCUCACCAUGAUAAUUCUCACUCAUUCUCAGCCACAAAUGAUGGCAGGAUCAAAGUAAUAGUCUUUGGGAACUGGAUUCCAAGGUCACUUUUUGGCUAUGGAACAACAUUAUUUUCGUAUAUUAGAAUGACAUAUAUUUCUCUUAAAAUGUUUUUUUGUGUAUUUAUGGCAUCAUUUUCAUUUGAGAGAACAAAGAGGUAUUAUGAUGUAAUUCUGAAUGAUCAAGUAAGCGUAAUUAAUCCCAUUUUAAAAUUGAUGACAAGAAAGUUAAUAUUUUAUUGCCACUAUCCAGACCAACUAUUGGUUACGAAAAAAGGGGGCUAUCUUAGAAAUCUAUAUAGAUACUUUAUGGAUUUUCUAGAGGAAUUUGGGAUGCGAUAUUGUGAUUACGUAUUUGUAAACUCCAUUUUUACCAGAAAAGUUUAUAUAGAAACAUUCAAAGGAUUGAUUAUUGAUGCAGCUAAAUAUCCUGUCACUUUGAGCUAUCCUGAAGUACUUUAUCCUCCUGUAAAUCUGGAAGAUAUUCCUUCAGAAGAAGAAUGUGAAAACUGUUUUUCAAAUUCAAAAAUCCCCCAGCAAUUAAACAGAGCACCAAAUGUACCAUUUUUCUUGUCACUAAAUAGAUAUGAAAGGAAAAAAAAUAUUGAACUAGCAAUUAAAUCAUUCGCAAUACUACGCGAACAAUGCAAACUAGGAGAAAAACUAUUUCUUGUUAUUUCUGGUGGUUAUGACAAAAGAGUUAAAGAGAAUAUUGAGUAUUUUGAAGAGCUUCUAAGCCUUGCUAAUUCUUAUGCUUUUAAUGUUUAUAUUGGGAAUGAAUGUAUUGAAUCAACUAAUUCUUGUUUCUCAGUUGUUUUUUUAAAAAGUAUUUCUGACUCACUUCGUUGGUCUUUACUAAGAAAAGCAAUUGGACUUCUUUACACUCCUGAAGAUGAACAUUUUGGUAUGGUUCCAUGUGAAGCCAUGUCUGUGGGUACUUCCGUUAUUGCAUGCAACUCUGGCGGGCCCACAGAAACUAUAAUUAAUGGAAAAACAGGCUUUCUUUGCGAACCAAAUCCAGAAAGUUUUGCAAAUAGGAUGAGCGAGCUCAUUAAGAUAAAUAAGGAUAAUAUAGAGAGUUCUGUCUGGAGCAGUUUAUGUAAAGAGAGGAUUGCUGCAUUAUUUAGCCAGGAUAUUUUUCAAAAGAGACUUUGUGAAGUAGCCUACUCAAAACUAGAAGCAAAGCCAAUGGCAUUCAAAAAAACAAAAUAUCUGUAA